AUGAAGCUUUCAAGCAGCCUCCUUCUCGCCGCUCAGGUGCUCUCCAUCCUUGCCCUCCCAACGCCCAACGGGACCGGGCAGGUUGCCAGGGCUAGCCAAACAACAACAGCAGCGGCCGCCGCCUCAACGACCGCUACUCCUGGGGCGGGCGCCGGUGCCGGAGAGGGUGCCGGUGGAGGCGAGGGAGAGGGCGAGGAGAACGAGGUUGAGCAGCAGGGUCAGUUUGGGCAGGUCAUUGAGCUGGGCGGCGGCAACAUCAAAACUGAUACCAUCUUCCCCCCCGGUACCAACGGCGUCUUCGAAGUCGAGUUCCAGAACCAGCAGGGGCGUCAACUCAGAGUCACCGAGAACAAGAACCCGGCACCACCCCCGGCCGGCUUUGUCGCGCUCGAGCCCGUGUCGUACAUUGUUGAGCUGGGCGGUGGCGCGGCUGCUGCGCAGGGUCUCACCCUGCAAAAGAUUGACUACAUCCUCAAUGCCGAUAGCACCCUCGACAUCUCCACGGGCCAAGUCGGCCGCUUCUGCGCCGAGGCCAACUCGUUCGUCUUCGGCGAGGGCGAGCUCGAGUUCGAGGUCGAGGAGAACGAGCUGACGCUGUCGGUCUCCAACAUGGUCGGCGAGUGGGCCAUCUUCUUGCCGCAGGCUGCUGCUGGCGGUGGUGGUGGUGCCGGUGCUGGGGAGGGUGCUGGUGAGGGGGCUGGUGCUGGGGAGGGUGCCAAUGCUGGCGAGGGGGCCGGUGCGGGUGCGGGUGCGGGUGCUGGUGCUGGGGUUGCGGACCCGUGUGGUCCCGGCACGGCCUGCCGCACCCUGCUGGAUGCGCUGCAGCAGUUGAUUGAGGGUGGUGGAGCUGCUGCGCCGGCUCCUGCCCCUGCUCCGGCCGCGAAAGCGUAG